GCAGUCAAACUCCGACAACCCGGCAAGGAAGAGAUGAAAGACCGGAGUUUGCGCGGAAAUCAUCUUUCCGCGAAGCAAUUCUACGAAAGAUAACAAUUAAAUAAUAUAGUUUUUCCCGUCUUGAGAAUAUUUUUUGCGUUGUGCUCGAGUGUGUCACGAAUGGAAACGCGUUGUUUUGUAUUUGCAAAACGCUACUUUUAGACAUGCGAUCAUGAAAUUUUGGAAAAAACGAUAACGACGUGUUAAGUGCGUAAAGAGGCAAACGCGUCAGUUCUUGGCUUUCAAGAAGAGACCAAGAAAUUUGACUCUCUCGCGCGAGGAAGGAGAGAUUCGCUCUGUCAAAGAGAUUCGGAAGAAUAAACAAUUGUCGACGGAUCUCUUACAAAAAUGUGUUUGUGUGUGAAAAAACCAUGCAAUCAUAUCAUCGAAGAUCAGUCUUGUUCGUCGUAAGUAACAACAAUGAACGAUCUUGCUUUUAAUUUAAGCUACAACGAAAUUAAAUUUAUUCAAUUACCUUGACCGCUCUGAAAGCGGCGCUAAAAUGAAGGACGCAAAAACGAGCGAGAGUCGAUAGACCUCGAUAGUAUAGUGACAGAGAGUGUACAGGUACGCGGCCAGAGAUCGCGGAGUUCCACCAGAUUAUAGCGCAUAAUCGAGCACAGACUUCCAUCCUAUACACUCGAGAGAGGACGUAGUCUGGGUGUCUGGUGAAGAAAGAUUGUAGUUACGCGGCCUUUUGAUGAGCGGAAAAAUCAAAGGUUCGCCGAGAGACGGCGCAACCAACGCGACAUCAAUGACUCGAACAUCUCGAGCACGACGCAAACCCGUCUCCGGAUGGUUUUGGCUUGUUUGCAGCGUCUGCUUUAUUUUGUGCUUGAUCUGUCUUGGCGCAGGAGCACUGGUUGUUUUGAAUACUUCCGAGGAAAAAAAUUCUGAUUCAUCUGAUACGAAAUUGGAGACGAAUCCUGAAAAAAUGAGCGUUGUUAAAUCAAGCUACAGGCUGCCGUCGGAAGUCAAGCCUGUGCAUUACGAUCUUCUGUUACAUCCUGUACUCGAAAACUCUACUUUUAUCGGAAACGUCACUAUUCUCAUCGACGUUCUCGAUAAGAGAAAGACCAUACUUCUUCAUCAAAAGGAUCUCAAAAUCACAGACACAAAAUUGACAACCUACGGUUUGGAAACAGACUAUGAAGUUGAAAUUGAAGACACAAAAUAUGCGGAUCACGACAUGUUUGUAGUAGUGCUCAAAAAUGAUCUUAAGCCAGGAUUGUAUAAUUUGAGCAUGGUGUUUAAUGGCAGCAUGGCGAAUAAAAUGGUUGGACUUUAUACCAGCAAAUAUGUAAACAAGAAAAAAACACUAAGUUACAUUGCCACCACCAAGUUUGAGCCAACUUAUGCCAGACAAGCAUUCCCAUGUUUUGAUGAACCUAAUCUCAAAGCUACGUUCACAAUAAAAUUGCGCUAUAACAAACAAAUCGACUAUCAUCCUUUGUCUAAUAUGAAUAUAGUGGAACAAAUCCAAGGAAGACAAGACAGGGAAGCAUAUACAAUCUUUGAAAAAAGUAAACGCAUGUCGACCUAUUUGGCUUGUGUUAUCCUCAGCAAUUUUAAUGGUCAAACUAAAACUGCAACAACCUUGAAUACACGCAGUUUUAAUGUUACCGUUUACACCGCACCUAUUCACGAUUCUACGAAAAGCAUUCUUGCUCUAGACACCGCCGUGGAGGCAAUUCAAUAUUACGCAGAGUUGUUCAGAACAGACUAUCCUUUGCCAAAACUCGACUUGGUUGCUAUUCCGGACUUUGUCUCUGGGGCAAUGGAGAACUGGGGUUUAGUGACUUUCAGAGAAACAAGAUUGCUUCACGAUUCUUACAACGAUCCUAUCAAUCAUAAGCACGAUGUCGUUAAUGUGGUUUGUCACGAACUGGCUCACAUGUGGUUCGGAAAUCUUGUCACUAUGUCUUGGUGGAACGAUUUGUGGCUCAACGAGGGUUUUGCUACGUACAUGUCGUAUAAAAGCGCAAAUGAUUUUCAACCGAACGAAGGACAUAUGAAUAAUUUCGUGGUUGAAAUAAUGCACCCGGUGUUGUCCUACGACUCAACCAAAAGCACUCAUCCGAUAAUCUACGACGUCAACAAUCCGGACGAGAUAACAUCAUUCUUUGAUGACAUAUCCUAUAAGAAGGGAGCAUGCGUACUCCGUAUGAUAGAGAAUUUCAUCACGUCUGAUGUUUUCUACGGUGCCAUCACCAACUAUUUGGAGAAGUAUGCAUACGGUAACGCAGAAACCAAGGAUCUGCUAAGCUGUUUGCAAGAUGCGAUCGGUAAUAAAUUAAAUAUCACCGAUAUAAUAGACCCUUGGACGAAACAGAAAGGUUAUCCUGUAAUUAACGUGAAGAGACAUGAAGAGAAAUGCAUAUUAACUCAGCAAUAUUAUCGCACAAAUAAUGAUGAUGAUGAUGAUAAAACGGAAGAAGAAGAUUUUAGUAGUUUACGAUGGACUAUACCUAUCACUUACAUCACGAACAAAAACGGAACACCAACUCUUAUUUGGUUCGACAAGAAUGAGGAAAAGGUCGAACUUAUACUCAAUGAAGAUACCAGAUGGAUCAAAUUCAACGUGGACCAAGUCGGUUAUUAUCGAGUCAAUUACAAUAUCGAGUGGUCGUCGCUCGCGUCUUUGCUUUCCUAUCAUCACACGAGAUUGUCGAUAGCAGACCGAGUGAAUCUUUUGGACGACGUCUUCAGUCUGGCCGAAGACGGCCAUUGUAGCUACCGGACGGCAUUUACCUUUAUUAAGUAUCUUUCGGAGGAAUAUUCCGCUGCUCCGUGGGAAACUGUGUAUUCGAAAUUGCUACCGAUCUACAACAUGAUAGAAUUAAAUAGUCUGGAAUCUUCAGAAAUCUUCCUGCAAUAUCUGAGAAAAGCAUACAGAUUCAACAUCUAUCGAGAUGCGGGUUGGAUCGUUAACGAGACCACGGAGGACACCGGGCCUUUCCACAUCACCAGAAGAGCGCGAAUAGCAAUACUUAGGUUUGCCUGUUUCAUAAAAAUAGAGGAGUGUUUGAAUGAGGUCAACAAGCUUUUCAAUGCCUGGUUAGACGGAUUGAUAGAACUACAUCCCGACAUUCGUUCGUUGGUUUAUUACUACGGUUUGCGUAGCAGCGGAAAAAACAUGGCUCGGGACAGUUCGCUGCUCUCGCAAGCGUGGCAUCGUUUGUUCGAUAAAUUCUUAAACGAGACCGACCCCAACGAAAAGAACAGAAUAAUGUACGGACUGACUGGCAUAGAGUCCGACAUUAUUUUGAGAAAAUUCAUUGAAAUGGCCAAACAGGAACAGUACGUACGUCCUCAGGAUUUCUUGAAUUGCUUGAUUAUGAUCUCCAAAAAUACAUACGGUUCGAUAGAGGUGUGGGACUGGGUGCGCGCUAAUUGGGAAUUCUUGGUCAAUCGUUACACGUUGAACGACCGUUAUCUCGGUCAGCUCAUACCGUCAAUCACACGGUACUUCUUCACACCGCAGAGAUAUCAGGAGUUGAAGAAUUUCUUCGAGAAGUGGCCUGACGCGGGCGCCGGCGCUAGCGGCCGAUUGAAAGCGGAAGCUCAGAUAUUGAAAAAUCAAAAGUGGUUCAAAAAUCAUGAAAAAGAAAUAGCGGAGAUUUGUUUAUAAGAAGAAAUGAAAGUAAAGUGAAGUUACGUCCAAAACUAAAAAAAAAAAACUAAAAAAAAAUAAAUAAAUAAAAAGAAUACCUCAAUAAUGGAUAAGAAAGAAAAACUUGUUAUAUAAAAAAUCUGUCAGUUUGUUUCAUCGCGCGUUUGCGCUUAAAGGAAGAAGGGGGGGAGGAAGAUAAUCAAUUGUGAUGUUUGUACAUGUAAGAAUAUAAACUAGCGAUAACAAAAAAUUACGAUCGACACUUCUCGUCGAUUAUCGCGGCAGCGUAGCUACGUACGAAAACACCAAUUUGCAUUUCGCGUGAGAGACAUCUUUUUAUAUACCACAUGUUUAUACAAAUUUACGCAUAUCUUUUAAAAAUAAAAUUCCAAAACAAUAAAA